AUGGGUCGGAAGCGCUGCGUGGGGGGAGACGGCUCCAAGAUGGCGGCGGGCUGCUGCGGGGUGAAGAAGCAGAAACUCUCCAGCUCCCCUCCGUCGGGCUCGGCCGGCCCGGGCGGCGGAGGGGGGGGCUCCCGCUGCGGCGAGCCGGGGGCGCUGCCGGCGGGGGCGGCGUCCGGGGGCGGCCCGCGCCUCAACGGCCUCGGGGGGCUGGCGGGGGGCUCCCCCGGCUGCGCCCUCUCGCCUCCGCCGCGCCCGCCCGGCUGCGGAGGGGCCCCCGGCGCCGGCCUCUCGGGCCCCGCCGCGCCGCUGGGGUCCCCCCGCGCCGGGCCCGGCGGCUGCAGGAAGAUGGUGGUGUCGGCCGAGAUGUGCUGCUUCUGCUUCGACGUGCUCUACUGUCCCCUCUACGGCUACCAGCCCCCGCGGGGCCCCCGCUUCACCAACGACCCCUACCCGCUCUUCGUAACGUGGAAGAUUGGUCGAGAUAAAAGGUUACGUGGAUGUAUAGGUACCUUUUCUGCCAUGAACCUGCAUUCAGGACUCAGGGAGUACACACUUACUAGUGCCCUUAAAGAUAGCAGAUUUCCCCCAAUGACGAGGGAUGAACUGCCACGGCUUUUCUGCUCAGUGUCUCUGCUUACUAAUUUUGAAGAUGUCUGUGAUUAUUUGGAUUGGGAGGUGGGUGUACAUGGCAUUAGAAUAGAAUUCAUCAAUGAAAAAGGAUCAAAACGCACGGCCACCUACUUACCCGAGGUUGCAAAGGAGCAAGGCUGGGACCAUAUUCAGACCAUAGAUUCCUUAUUGAGGAAAGGAGGUUAUAAGGCUCCAAUCACAAACGAUUUCAGGAAAACAAUAAAACUGACCAGAUAUCGUAGUGAGAAGAUGACCAUCAGCUACACAGAAUACCUUGCUCACCGACAGCAUCACCACUUCCAAAACGGCAUCGGGCACACCCUCCCCCCCUACAACCAUUAUUCCUGACACUGAGCCGUAUGACCAGUCUCUGGACUUUUCUGCAAACCUCUUCCCAGGAGAACCCCCUCCUUCUUGGUCUAGCUAUCUCUAUUACUGUACCAUUUUAUGAUGAUAAUUUCCGUUGCCAUGUUGACGCUUCUCCGCCACAAGUUAAGCUCACCAUGGCAACGGGUUGAAACGCUGCAUCGUUACAAAGAACCCCCCUUUGCUCUUUUCUCUCUCCCCCCACCCCGAACACUUUUUUUUAACGAGUCACUGUGGACUGGCUGGGUUUUAUUUCCUUUUUUUUUUUUUUUUUGCCAUGACAACAUAAAAAAACCUGGUCCUUUUUUUUUUUAAAAUAACAUUUUAAAGUUCAUUUAUCACUCAAUUGUAUUGAUCACCUUUUUCUGUGAAACUGUAGAUAGAAGGAAAGAAUGCAAAUGUGUCAGGGUAGAGAAAAAUGAAAUAUUGGAUCCCAAUUCAGAAGCAAGAUAAAGAUUGAAUAGGAUGAGUUCUUCAGCAGUUCCCCAAGAUAAAACUUGUAAGAGACUAUGCGAACCUCUGGUUCCUGGUCUGGUUGGCCCAGACAAAUAACAGUGAUAAACUGAAUUAAUUAUGAUGAGAAACAAAUUGUGAUUUUGGUUUGUUCCAGGGGUGUCCAACCUUGACAACUCCCAGAAUUCCUCAGCCAGCAUGGACUUCAGCUCCCACUUAUUCCCCAGAUAGUAUGGGUGGCUGGAGAAUUCUGGGAGUUGAAGUCCACAAAUCUUAAAAGCACCAAGGUUGGACACCCCUGGUUUAGAUAUAAUUGUAGCAAGACUUUUAUUAUAGACCCGGAUUGAGGUCCUGGUUCAAAUCCUUUCAAACUGCCCAUUCAAAUCACUGGAACUAAAAAUGGGCAGAUAAAUAGCCUGUGUCUCCCUACUCCCAGUUCCUAAAUCUGCCUUCAGGUGGAUGGUGUGACCUGCCAAGCUCUAUCCUCCAUCAGCAAAUUGACAAACAGCACCAAUCAGAGUCACUCCAAGAUUCCCUUUUCACUUCUUAGAUGUUUCUUAGGGAGUCUUAAUCAGGAGGAGUAGCUUGAAGAAAUUAUUAUAUUAGGAAGUCAGUAAAUUUUGGUAUUAGUGCCUUAGGGGACAUAAGUUUUGGGAAGGAAGGUAAGACAGCAGAAGCACAAGAGGAGAUACCUAUUCCAAAUUCUAAACUUUCCAGGCAGAUGAAAAACGUUAUUUGGAGAGCAGGAUCCAAUUUUUGUCUCCUACCUUACAAGGCUUGCCCCUGUAUAAAUUAGCCAUUCUUAAUGGCACAAUUUUUGGUGCUUUUGUUGAUGAAAUGAAAACCAAAGUAGGUGCACUGAAACAGAAAAGAAAGAAAGAGAACAAGAAAUGCCCACUGAUUUUUAAAAAAAUCCUAAAGGUUAAUAAUUUUAAAUUAAAAAUCUAAUACCAGUUACCUUUUUUUAUUAAGCUGCAAUGCAGUGCUAGAAAUAUUUUUGGACAGUAGACAUAGGAAAUUAGCCAAGUACCAAGUUAGCAGAAUCGGAAUUGUUACCAUCUCGGGGUGGAAGUAGCAGAGGUAGCUUGUUCUAACCGACCUUGAAUUCUGAGAAGAGCUUUCACAGAGUUCUCGUUUCAGGUGGUUCCUGAAUUCAUACAAACUUUAAUGAAAUAGAUCUCAGAGCUCUAUUUCAGAGAUCCUUCUUGGUAAUUAGAAGAACAACUUGAAGGAGGCAGAUACCAUUUUGGCAGAAGUCCGUCCCCCCUCCCCCUCCCCUACACACACACAUUUCAUCCCAUUUAGGGAUGCGAACUUCAUAGACAUAGACUACCAUAAUAACCAACAGGAAGCUGUAUCACAGGCCCUGAAGUAUUGUUGAAAGGAUUGACUACGAUCCCAGAUGGGGAAGGGAGGAGAAAGUCUUUCCUUCGAUCCACAGUAUUUGAACGUCUGAAUAUUAACUUUCUGUUUUGAUGCCUUAAUUUUCAAAUAAGCAAAAAUCCUGAAAAAAAGAAGAAAAAAGGGCAACGGAUGAGGAAAAGAACCCAUUGGAGCUUCGGUUUGAAGUUCUGGGGUGUCUUUUCCUAUCAGGAGGGUGGAAAAGGGGGUUCAUUUUUUUAUGUGAAAAGUAUUGUCGGUUGCUGUUUAAUUGCAACUUUCCCUGUUUUGCCUUGAAAGGGAAACUUGAGCACAAGUUAAAACAAAAUUUCUCUGCUGCAAGCAUUUGGAAUAUCUACCAUGGCCACCCAACAUACAAACACACAUACACACACACAAACACACAGAGCCAUCUUUCUCAUUACAGUUCAUGCUUCUGGGUGAGCUCAAUGUUAAAAGUUUUUUUAAAGAAAAAAAGAUCUAUUAUAUAUAUAUUAAAAAUAUAUAUGUGUAUUUAAAGGUGCUAAUCAUCUUAAGCAGGUCACGUGACUGGUCAUGCGGACUCUAAAAAUCAUAUCAGAUUUUUUUUAGAAAAAAAUCCUCAAUAUAUGCAGAUGUUAUACAGAAUUUCUUACCAGUGUAAUAAUGAUAUACUGAUUUAAAUAAAAAUAAUCCUGCAGGGUUUGAAGGAAGAGGUCAGCAAUACUUCCCACCGUGGCUUGGAGGAGGAACAAAAAAAACAAAACAAAAGGAUCAUCUUGUCAGCAUAAUGCACAAUAUUUUUUAUUUUCUCUCAUUUUGGUUGUCUCCGUACAGCUAUUGCUUUGGGAACUUAAUCAAAAACAACAGCUGUCGUUCAAAGGGUUGAACAAACUGGAAAGGUGCGCUUUAAAAAAAAAAAAAGAAAACCAAAAAAAACCUCCAGACUCUUUUGAACCUGUUGUAAAUCUGUAUGUUUUGUUUCGAGAGCUAUUCCUGGAAUCUUGCAAGGCUGGCAAGAUACAUCAGCGAUCACCUUGGAUGUAUGGGUAGCGAUCUAUGGGCUUCAGUGGCACAUGUGCUUUGUUUUUCCUGCUUGUGUUUCUUGGGUCAGGGAAAGGCUGGUGUUCCAGACGGCAGGGCUCUCCAACCUUGGCAACUUUACAGCUCGUGGACUUCAACUCCCAGGAUUCCUCAACCAGCCUGGUUGAGACUGAGGAAUUUUGGCAGAUGAAGUCCGCAAGUCGUAAAGUUACCAAGGUUGGAGACCCUUGCCUUACUAAAUGGCCCCAACCGUGCUGCCUUCCUUAGGCGUUUCCUCCAGACCCAAAGUAGCUUUUGCAGUUCCUCUUCAAUCUGCAAAGCUGUGUCCAUUUCCAACCUGGGAUUUUUUGGGUCACUGAGCCAUAGGUUGGUGUUGUUCAGGCAGCGGUUGUGUUUUUCUUGCCUUAUUUCAUUCCAAAAAACAAAUCAAAAAGGCGGUUUAGUUUUAGCUUUAAAUGUUUUCUUUCUUACACCUGUGUGGUGAAAGACAGUUUGGGAACUAACGUCUGGCUGAAGCUAAGAGAGAGGAGAUGAUGGGACCACCGUUCCAUCCAGGAGAGAUGCGGGUGCUGCGGUGUGCAUUUCUAUUACAUCAUCUUCGCUCUGGGAUUGGGCAUGGACCCCACAAGGGAGUAGGCAUCCUGUGCUGAUGCACCGUCAGCUGGGAGCACUUGGCCCACCCACCACCCCACCCUCAUUUCACAUUGAUGAUCUUAAACUUCUUGAUGUGUCUUCAACUUGUUCUGAGUUCUUGAAACUGUCUGGAGUAGCCGACAUUCUUGUGUGUUGGACUGAACCAAAGACACCUCCAGCCGAGCCUCAAUGCUGCUUCUUAAAAUGUCUGCCUUCCGAUCCUUCAAAGUCUCUGCAGGAUGCAAAUGGGUUAACUUUUUUUAUUUUUGUACAGUUUCUAACUGAUUUUUGCUAGUGAUGUUAAUUAAGUUUGAGGAACCGCCGAGGCUCCUCCGAUGAAAUUAAACUGGUGACUUUUAUGUUUAAAUAAAAUAAUAUAGAAACCCGACAUGUGCCUCUCAGAUUCUAAGGGUUUCUGAUUACACUUCUUAAGACCAGCAAUGAUUCUUUAUAUACAAAGAUAUGUUUUUUUCCUUGUUUCUUUUUUUAUUAUUACUGUUUCGGAAGGAAAGAAAUAAACUUCCUUCUGCUCUGAAGCCAGUGGUCACACUGGUACAUAAAUGCACUGAGUUAAAAAGAAAAAAAAACUUUUGUAACAACUUAUGACUGUUUUUGUAUAUCAAAGCUGAUUCUUUCCAAAAGAUUUGGAUCUAGUUUCUAAGUUAUUUUAGUGUUUUAUAUGUUACAAGAAUUAAUUGUUCACCAGCAUAAUAACUAGUUAUCUUCAAUGGAAAAAGUGACAUAGGUGGGCAGACGAUCUACCUGGAGUAGCUCAGAAGCCCCUCCCCCUUCUUUUCCUUUGACUAUUGAUUACAAUAUUAUCACAGAUUACCACAAACCUCCUUCCAUUAAGACUAGAUUCUUAUUUCCAUGUUUAUUUGCUAUUAGUGUGAAGAAACUGUUGAUUUAAAAAAACCGGGCAUUUUAUAAGUAUGGCUUAAAGGUAAAAAUGAGGAAAAAGCAAAAAAAAUAAAUAAAAAUAAACUACUUUAGAAGGUAAUUUGUGGGUCUGUGAGAUAUGGCUGUGGAAAGAUAUUGUAGUAGUUUUAACACUAUUGUUAUUACCUUUUAAAUCAUUUACCCAAUAAAAUGAGGAAAAAUCGCA